UCUGAUCGACAGUUAUGAGUAGUUUUUUUCCCCUCUCGUCCGGACUCUCAGUGAAUGAGAAACAGACGAAACAGAACAAGGCUGGAUUUUCUCAAAAAUUAUAUAACUUGGGAUUUUCUAAUCACCAAAUACUCAUUUCCUGGAAGAGAGAAAAAUCUCUGACAGAAAUGAGCACCCUUAGAGUCCCAGAGAUUGUUCCUUCUCCCACCCAUGAUUGCGAGCGACUCCGAAGGGCUUUCGAAGGAUUUUUGACGGAUGGGAAGGAAGUAAUCUGGGUAUUAGGACACCGGAAUGCCAGGCAAAGGAAGGAAAUCAGAGAAACUUACCAGCAGCUAUUCAAUGAAUCACUCAUUGAUCGCCUUCAUAAAGGGCUCUCCAGCAAUUUCAGAGAUGCAGUAAUUCUGUGGACAUAUGACCCUCCAGAAAGGGAUGCACACCUAGCAAACAAGGCAUUGAAGGAUAGGAAAAAAGAUGUGACACACCUACAGGUCCUGGUUGAAAUUGCAUGUGCAUCCACUCCUAACCAUCUAAUGUCUGUGAGGGAGGCUUACUGCUCUAUCUUUGAUUGCUCGCUUGAAGAGGACAUUGCAUCCUGUGUUUCUCAGCCCAUCAGAAAGCUUCUAAUGAGUCUAGUGAGAUCCUAUAGAUAUGACAAGGAAGCUGUAAACUUGGAGAUAGUAGAGUCAGAGGCAUCAAUGCUGCACGGAGCAGUCGACUCAAAGCAAUUAGACGAUGAAAACCUGAUUUGGGUACUUAGCACCAGGAAUUUUUUCCAGCUCCGGGAAACUUUUGCAUGCUACAAGAAACUUUAUGGGAUUGCAUUGGAAGAGGACAUAAAAAAAUGUGGUAAUGGUGAUUUGGAAUCUCUUUUGAAUGUGGUAUUAUGGUGUGUGGAACGCCCUGAGAAACAUUUUGCAAAGGUUCUGAGAGAUUCUAUAAUUGGGCUUGGAACUGAUGAAGAGUCUCUAAACAGAGCUGUGAUAAAUCGAGUUGAGAUUGACAUGUUGAGAGUGAGAGAGGAAUAUGCUAACAUGUACCAUGAAGAUCUUGAAGGAGCAAUCGUCAGGGAUACUUCAAGUGACUACAAAGAGUUCUUGAUGACUCUGCUUGGCAAGAGAAUUUGAUGAUCAAUCACAAAUGAUGGGCAUGAGAAUUCUCAUAAAUUGGAAAUUUAUUGGUAGGGGCAAUUUAGUUAUCACAAUUAUUUUUCUUUUACAAAGAAAGUACCUUCAUCCUUCGAAGUAAUUUUAGAAAUCUGCGAUCUUUUAGCA